UUUUGGAGUGCAUGUGUAGUUGAAAAGAAGAUCUUGUUUGACAGAUCUGGGAACUCCCGUCAGGACUAUGAGGAGCUGGCUGAUCUGUAUUGCCCUGUUUCUUCAAUGGACAUGCUGCAUUUCCCAAGAAAUAACAUGUGAACCACCUAAUAUUGCCCAUGGGAGUGUAAGAAAUUCAAAGACCAUUUACCGGGAUGGUGAACGGAUACAAAUUUCCUGUAAUGAUGGAUAUAGACCUGCAGAUAGAGAUGACGCAACAUGCACACGGGAUGGAUGGAACACGAGAGUUGAAUGUAUAGCUAUUGUAUGCCGACAACCACAAAUUGAUAAUGGGGAAAUUCGACCAAAGCAAUUGCUGUACCAAUAUCAAGACCCAAUUGAUACAUCCUGUGAGGAAGGAUAUCGUAACACUGAUACCUCUUUCUGCACUCCUCGUGGCUGGCAACCUCCUCCAGCAUGUAUACCAAAGCAUUGCGAAUAUCCCCGUGUUCAGAAUGGAAGAGUGUAUGAAUGGCAAUCAUCCUUUCCAAAGCGACCAGGUUCCACAAUUAACUUUGCAUGCAAUAAAGGUUUUCUACCAGAAGAUAGAAAUACAGCGAUUUGGCAUUUAUCAUACUGCACUACUCGUGGCUGGGAACCAGAACCCAAAUGCUUCAAAAUAACAUGUGAACUACCUAAUAUUGCCCAUGGGAGUGUAAGAAAUUCAAAGACCAUUUACCGGGAUGGUGAACGGAUACAAAUAUCCUGUAAUCAUGGAUAUAAACCUACAGAUAGAGAUGAAGCAACAUGCACACGAGAUGGAUGGAACACAAGAGUUGAAUGUAUAGCUAUUGUAUGCCGACAACCACAAAUCGAUAAUGGGAACAUUCGACCAAAGCAAUUGCUUUACCAAUAUCAAGACUCAAUUGAUACAUCCUGUGAUGAAGGAUAUCGUAACACUGAAACCUCUUUCUGCACUGCUCGUGGCUGGCAACCUCCUCCAGCAUGUAUACCAAAGCGUUGCGAAUAUCCCCGUGUUCAGAAUGGAAGAGUGUAUGAAUGGCAGUAUUACUUUCCAAAGAAACCAGGUUCCACAAUUAACUUUAGCUGUGAUAAUGGUUUUCUACCAGAAGAUAGAAAUACAGCGACUUGGCAUUUAUCAUACUGCACUACUCGUGGCUGGGAACCAGAACCCAAAUGCUUCAAACAAUGUGAUCGUCCUCGACGAAUUCCACAUGGUGCUCUUAAUGAUUAUCAGUGGCCACUCAUAGAGGGCAAUGAGAUUUCAUAUAGAUGUGAUACAGGAUACGUUCCUGCAAAUCAGCAAACAACAAUCACAUGCACAAAAGAUGGCUGGUUACCAAUUCCAAGUUGUGUUGCAGAAAUUCCACGUGGAUGUCAAAAAACUCCUCUGCCUAAUGGCUUUUUCACUGCACAUAAGGAGGUGUUUUCUGUCUCUGAGAAAGUUCGCUAUAAGUGUCUUGAUGGCUAUACAACCCCUAACAGGGUUGAGGAGGAAGAGAUACAGUGUCUUCAAACAGGAUGGAACCAAGAGCCCAAGUGUAUCAAGACAUGCCAAAAGCCAUAUGGAGCAAAUGUGGAUUUUGAUGAAAACCAAUCAUUUUUCUUGUCCCAAGAGACACUUCACUACAAAUGUAAAGAAGGCUUUCAAGUGAGUAAAACAGCUGUUGAUGGCCACAUACAAUGCACAGAAAAUGGAUGGGAUUCAGUGCCUGUAUGUGUUGCCAUAGAAUGUGAUGUCCCCAUUCUGGGGAAUGGAAACAUUGAAGGAAAAGAACAAUUUGCCAAUGGAGACGUGGUGAAAUUUUCCUGUAAGAAAGGAUACAGCAGAGUUGGGCCUGACUCUGCCCAGUGUUAUUAUUUUGGAUGGUCUCCCCUGCCUCCCGUUUGUAAAGAAACAGUCAAGAGUUGUCAGCAACCACCCAGCAUUUCCAAUGGCACUGUUGCUGGUGAUCUUCUAGACGAAUAUCAGCAUGGUGAGAAGCUGUUUUAUGAGUGUGAUAUUGGAUUUGUAAUGUCUGGAUCAAAUACAGUAGAAUGUGUUGAUGGAGAAUGGACGUCUCUGCCAUCAUGCACAGAGGAAGUGAAAUUCUGUGGAAAACCUCCAGCAAUCAGACAUGGAAGAACUGUUGGUGUUGAUUCAAACUCAGACAGAUAUGCACAUUAUGAAACAGUAAAAUAUGAAUGCUCUCCAACUUACUUCCUUGUUGGAACCAAUCCUGCCAGAUGUCUUCAUGGAAAGUGGAAAUUACCCGAGUGCAGUAAAAAAUGUAAAAGGCCAACAGAUAUAAAGUUUGGACCAAGUGUUUCCCGUUCAAUGUAUUUUGACAACAACACAGUUAUAAGCUACAGCUGUGGUGUCAGCUUGCAUGAGACAAAGUGUGUUAAUGGAAAAUGGUUUCCUGAACCUGAAUGCACAGAACUCUGCCCGCCGCCACCACAGCUUCCAAAUGCUAUCAAUAUAAUAGAAACAAGAAACUAUAAAAAUGGUGAAGAGGUUGGCUUCACUUGCAUGAAACAUUUUCUUCUUCAAGGGCCUCCAAAAAUACCAUGUGAAUAUGGACGUUGGCAGACACCACCACGCUGUAUUGAUCAAAGAUGUGAAAAUCCCCCUUCAAUUGACAAUGGUGAAGUAGAAAUUAUUUCCCAGAACAAAUAUAUUCCUGGUCAAACUGUGGAAUAUCACUGCCUUGAAGGUUUUGAAAUCAGUGGAUCUUCAUUUGCCAUAUGUGAAAAUGCUAAAUGGCAUCAUGUGCCAGCUUGCAAAGAAAAGACAUGUGGCCAGCCCCCUCUCAUUGACUAUGCUUCAUUCACUAAAAAUGUGAAAAACAGAUAUCAAUCUGGGGAAACAGUGAAUUAUGAGUGCCAUCCUGGUUUUGCUGCUGAAGGACCACUGAUUCUGACAUGCCAAAGAGGUGAAUGGUCAGAGCCUUCCACCUGUGAAGAUAUAACCUGCGGAGAACCCCCUGUAGUUGCUAAUGGUGAUAUUGUGGUGAACAGAGACAACAUUUAUCUUCCUGGCCAAAUACUGCAUUAUCAAUGCCAAAAAGAUUUUGAAACAAUUGGACCAAAUACUAUAAGGUGUGAAAAUCAGGCAUGGUCAGAACCACCGACAUGUGAAGAUGUAAGAUGUCCUCCUCCACCUGACAUUCUUCACGGUCGCCUUCAAGGAAAUGUAAAGCAAAAGUAUUCGCCUAAUGAAAGUGUGAUGUAUCAGUGUGACCACGGAUACGUUAUAUUUGGAUCUCAUAUAAUAACAUGUUUAAAGAAGCAAUGGUCAGAAGCACCCCAAUGCAGAGUUUAUACAGGAAAAUGUAGUCGUCCACCUUCUAUUGAAAAUGGAGAUAUUAUUGAUCUUUUAAAACAAGAAUAUAAAUCAGGUGAAAGUGUGACAUACAAAUGCCAACGUUUCUACGCCAUGGAAGGAACUGCAGUAGUAAGUUGUCAAGAUGGCCAUUGGUCGGAACCCCCAGAGUGCAAAGUUCCAUGUACAGCAAGUGAGGAAGACAUGGAACGUAACAAUAUAAGGCUGAAGUGGUCACGGGCUGAAAAAUUAUAUUCCCAAGAUGGGGAUAUAACAGAAUUUAUUUGUAGACGGGGCUAUAGUCCAGUUGUGCCUCUUUCCCAAUUCAGAGUACGAUGUGUCAAUGGCGCAUUUGAAUACCCACUAUGCGAAUGAUAUGUGUAAAUAUGAGGAAUGGGGAGAAGUGUACAAGGAAGAUUUUUUAAUGAGCAUGUAAUCAUCAGAAAGUAUAGAUCAAUUAUCUUCAAUUGCUUAAAAUUGCUGUAGAUUUUUUACAAAUACAUUUUCAUAGAUUAUGCACAGCUACUUUUAAUGGACUGCAAACCUUAAUAGAACUCCAAUAUUUGUAAAGGUGAAGUUAUAGGAAGCAUAGGAAUAUCCAUUUUAACUGUAAUUCAGUUUCCAAACAAGCAAGUCUAUUAAAAGGGGGAAAAUACACCAGAAGCUGAAAAUGCAUGUACUGAAGUGUGAAUUGGUAAUAGGGACUAUCAGGCUAAAGAAUACAGUAGCUGUGUAUAAUUUCAGAUGUUACUUUGUUUGUAAGAUGUUUGUGCAUUUUGAAAAAUAAAAUAAAAAGUACGCUUUGGCAAAA